AUGUCGUUGGCCCUCUUUCGUCAUGCUCGUGUGGGCGUUAGAACAACUACAACUACUACAGCAACAUUUUCCUUGAAACGAGGCAUGGUGACCAGCAACAAGUCGCCCUUUCUUCGUCCUUUGGCACGUAUGACCACCACACAAAAGGUUGCAAGGAUGGUUGGAGGAGCAGGAGCAGCCACUACGAUGGUUUUUGGUGGACCACUGUUGUUCAAGCAGCCUGUCGCAUGUCAGCAAAUGGUACAGCCUACAGCGCCAGCGCUUGUUCAAGAGCAGCAACAACCCAAGGGAUCCCUCAUUCACAAAGGGGAAAUUUCAUUUGGUGUCCUUCUCGGUGUAUGCACUGGCUACUUUCUCAAAAAGAUUGGCAAACUAUUUGCGUUCAUGGUUGGAUUGGGAUUUGUAUCUCUGCAGUACAUGAGUGCAAAGGGAUAUGUCACCGUGCAUUGGGAUAAGAUAUCCGGCUCAGAUCGCAACAUUGAUGUGCACAGCAAAUGGCAAACCUUGGUCGGAUUCCUUACUCACAACAUCCAGUUCAAGUCCACUUUUAUGGCAGGCCUUUAUGCAGGCAUUCGUUAUGGAUAG